AUGCACAUCUACUUCACAUUGCCCAUACCCGAGGGCGUCGGUGUCGGCUUCCUCUCCAUCCGACAGUUCCCAAUGACCCCGAGCUUCCCUUGGGAAACCCCACCCACACACCCAGCGCCGCCUGCGACGUCGUACGAAGGGGAUGAGAUGUUUACUGCGCAGGCAAAAGGAAAGCGUCAGAGCGAACAAGACUUGCUGCCCUCUCUUUUCUCGUAA